AUGGCGGACGGACUCAACCAGGCCCGCGCUGUGCGAGUGGCCGAGCUCAUCAAUGAUUACCGGACUCUGUUGCUGCACAUCUCCCACCAACAAGUCGACGCAAUCCCCGAGGACUACUACGAAGAAGGCUUCGUGGUGCUUCGAGAAUGCCACGCCGCCGCCCAACGCCUCCUCAGCGCCAACUAUCAGCCAUGCCCAGUGACCGGACGGGGGAAUGCGGAGACCGAGAAAGCAGAGCUACAACGAGUCAUCAUCGACAGCAGCACGCGCCGAUUCCAAGCACACAAGAUCUACCUCCGGGCCGCCGCCGCACGGCGAUGGGCAAUGACCCGGACGAACAUCCUUCGCGGCCAACGGCCCACCCCCGCGCACGCAGCAGCUCUGAAAGGUGUCCACGCUACGCUACAGCAGGAGUUGGCUCGCGUCACCGACCAGCACGUUGUCGCUGACCUGCGAGCCGCUGACUUGCGAGCAGGUCAUUGGCUUGACGACGAUCCGUCCUUGGAUACGAUGCGGCGCUGGAUCCAAGGGCGGUAA